AUGGCAACGCCAGUCAUCGUUGGGGUCGGGGCCAUCACUGCUGCUCUUGUCGGGCGCCAGUUGCUGCGAAACGGUGUCAUAGGCAAGAGAGCAGCAGAGGAAGACGGGCCUACACUACGCACCAAGCUCAAGGAUGCUCACCGACAUAUCAUGCUUGCGAAUCAUCCUGACAGAGGCGGCUCACCUUAUCUUGCCAGCAAGAUUAAUGAAGCGAAGGACCUAUUGGACAAAACAGAUGGCAGAUCUCGAUAG